AUGUCCAAUCCGCCGAGGACAGCGCCGGUCCGCGCCGUCGGCGCCGGCGCCGGGUUUGCUGCUCCUCCUUCUGCGAGAACAACAAAAAAGCCCGCCAACAGCAUCCUCCAGACGCUGCAGGCCACCGAGAUUAUUGAUAGCAAGCCUGUGUUGCCGGCGGAGAUCAUCGCCACCAUCCUCGACUACCUCCCCGUUGCCGACCUGAUGCGCUUCGCGCGCACGUCGCGCCGCAUGCGCGAGAUGGUCUACGACGACACGCGCUGGGUCGCCAGGCUGCGGAGUAUGGGCUGCUGGGACGAGGCCGAGGCUAGGAGGCGGUUCGAGGAGGCGGUCAUGAUGCGCAGGAAACGGGACGCCGCUGCUGCGAGUGCUGGUGCUGGUGCUGGUGCUGGUGCUGGUGCUGGUCCUAACGUCGGGGGCAGAGGAGGAUCGGUGUUGCCGGCUGCUCCUCCUGAUGCCGCGAGCCUGUUGUUCGACGCGGGGCUGGAGGAGGAGAGGAGGAGAAGACAGUUGCUGCUGAAGCAGGAACAGCAGCGGACCAUGGCGGUGGACGUGAGGGAUGGGUUUGAGACGAUGAAGGUUGCUGGGUCGCCACAAGUGGGCAGCGGCGGAGGAGACGAUCCGUCGCGUGACCCUGAAGCGCUGUUGAAGGUCCUCAAGGGGGUCAAGAGCGCGAGGGGCCACGCGAGGCAGGAGUACGGCAAGGUCUACGGCGCGCUGGCCCCGUUCUACUUUGAUCUUGUCCGCGCGAAGAGUCACACGGAUCCGCUUGUGUUCAAGGUGUUUCGGGACCCGGAGCGGCAGGCGCAGAUGCUGGCGAAUCUGCGGACGUUUGCAAAGAGCGACUGGGCUGAGGGCUGUCUGAAGCGGGAGGAGAAGCUGGAUACCAUGACGAGCAUCUUUGAGAGCGCCGUGCUAAGGGAGUUUGAGCAGGGGUACGAGUUUUGGGAUGUGGAUGGGAGGAUGAAGAAGUAUGCCCAUGUGCUGGCUGUGUUGAAUGGGAGCAACGCCGGGGCUGAGCUGUUCAUCCAGAAACACCCCAUCUUCUCGGACCGCGAGGUGCUCGCCAAUCCGAUGGACUGCGUCAAUCAGGCCCUGGCUGACAGCAUCACGCUGGAGCCGUCGCGCCGCUUCUUUGAGGUGCUCACGCGCAAGGUUGAUGAGCAGGCGGGCAUCAUCGAGCGCAUAUUCCCGGACCCGGCCAAGGUAUUCUGGGCCUUUGUUGACAAGGUCAGAGAGGACAUAAUCACCGAGUACGCCACGCCGCUGUUCGACGAGACGCAUGAGCGGAGCAUACCCUCUUACCUUAGAGCCGUCUCGGGCAUAUUUGAGCAGACAUUGCAUUUCCUACGGACAUUGACGCCACCAAAGGGCGGAGAGGCGCAGCAGACAGACAUGGCCAGGGAGCUUGCCCUCAAGGUCUUUGAGCCGCACCUCGAUCUGUACCUGCAGGAUGAGCUGGAUGAAUUCACCAGGCAAGCAGAGCGCGAGGUGGGGGAAUGGGAGAAAAAGCUAUCGGAGCAGGAUGCCAGCGUUGAGUCGUUUUACAUGGGAAGUUUCGCCAACCGCCAAGCCGACAAGAAAGACUUUUUGACGUCGUUCAAGAAGGUGGUCAUGAUGCCCGUGACGGUGCUGCCGACGACCCUGGGCUUGCCGGGUCUGCCUCUUGGGUCCCCUUUUGCUACCAGCAAGGCCUCUGCGGCAGCCAACACAAAUGGCAAUAAUUCGCUUCAGACGCCUAGCCAACAGCCCUCCCGCACGCAGUCACCCGCACCUUCAACGGCGGAACGUAGCAGUAGCCCCUUGCCAGGCAAGGCACCUACGGAUGAGCUAGCAGCCAAAGCGGCGCUGAUGACGUCCCGAUUGGAGGGCAUCAAGUCGCUCUUUAGCAUCGAGGUGGCCCUGAGCCUGGUGCACGCGGCGAAGGCAAGCCUCGGCCGCAUCGCUGUCUUCAUCCAACUGGGCGGGCAAGCAGGCGGCGAGGCGCGCGAGCAGUGUUUAGUCAUAUUCGUCACACUGCUCCGUGUCCUGGGCAACGGACACGUGAAGCCAGGCUUUGACAGAGCUGUAGCUCAUCUGUCGCAGUAUAACCCGCGCGAGGUCAGUCAGCACGACCGGGGCGGCGUGGCGCCGCUCGUGACCUUCAUUGAGUUGGUUAACGUGGGCGACCUCAUAUCUCAGAUGAUAGACGUCUUCUACGAACAGCAGCUGGCCGGCCCUAAAAUCGCGGACCGCAACGAUUUCAUGGAUCCGGCUGGGCUGGCAAAGAAGAAGUUUGAGCAGAUGCUCGACGAGAGCGUCGCCGCUGGCCUAAACAAGGGCAUCGACGUGCUCAUGGACGAGGUCGAGUACAUCUGCGCCACGACACAGCAGCCGACCGACUAUAACCCCGGAGCAACAGGCCUCGAUCCGGCGUCAUCAUCAACAACAACCACUUCGACAUCGUCGGCCGAGAAGCGCAUGACGAAGUCUUCAGGGGCAGUAAACAUGGACAUCGGCCCGACGCCCACGGCGCAGCGCAUCCGGGACUUGGUGGCGUCGCACACGUCGAUGCUCGUCGGCAGCACGGACAAGUCGAUGCUGGACGUGUUCAACGGCGAGGUUGGGCUGCGACUGUUUACGGCUGUAUGCAAGCACCUCAAGCGGCAGCGCAUCAGCACCGAGGGCGCCAUCAAGCUCAUCGCCGACAUGAACCUGUACUUUGAGUACAUCCGGACGCUGAAGAACCAGGACCUGCUGGCCUACUUCAAGGCGCUGCGCGAGCUGAGCCAGAUCUACCUGAUCGACGCGCGGCAUGCCAAGGAGAUGGCCACCAUCAUCGCCGACGGUGACCGGUUCGGGGGCAUCUUCCGUGCCGAGGAGGUGUACGAAUACGCCGAGAGGCGGGCGGACUGGUACCAAGUCCGGAAGGACGUCGAGAGGGCAAUGUACGGACUGGAGUGUAAUGUGAUGUGA